AUGUCGUCCUCUCAGUCCUCCCAAUCCGACGGUCUCGCCUCAUCUGCUGCCACGCCGCCAGAGGCGAGCGGAGGCGCGCCGGCGGAGCCGCACGCAGGGAACGCGCAGGCCGCCAAAGCGCCGUUCAAGAUGCCCACACCGGAGGAAAUGGCGGCUCAGGAGAUGAUGAACCACUGCGGUGUGCGAACCGUUAUCAGCGGCGUUAUGGGAGGAGGCAUGGGGGUGAUGAUGGGCCUGCUGUUUGGUGCCUUGGACCAGCCCUUGCAUGUGGAGGAUAUGAGCACGCGGCAGCAGCUGGUGCAUGGCUUCAAGCAGAUGGCGCAGCGCAGCUGGCACACGGGCAAGACCUUUGCAGUGAUGGGAGCGAUCUUCUCAGCGUCAGAGUGCAUGGCGGAGAAGGCAAGGGCGAAGCAUGACGAGGUCAACACCGUCAUUGCUGGCUGUGUGACUGGGGGAGCACUGUCCGCUAGAGCGGGACCACAAGCAGCAUGCAUGGGGUGUGCUGGCUUUGCUGCCUUCUCGCUUCUCAUUGAGAAGGUUCUCGAGCGAUACCACUAG